GUUUUCCAAGUGUUCCUUUAAUUUUUUUUGAGCAGUGUAUAUAUAUAUAAGUAGUACAGCGGCCGACCGGGGCGAACGCUCCAAACAACAGAAAUGAUCCAAUACCAAAAACAUACAAAUUAUAAAUACUGUACACACACAUGCAGCAGGGAAAUGCUGCAAAUUGAAAAUGCUGAAAUCACAUAAACACAGCAGGAUCAAAAACAAAUUCAAAAGAAAAAUGCUGCAAAUACCCAAAAGAGACACAAACCCCAAAACAUCUGCGUGAGAAAUGCUGAAAGGUUGACCCACAAGACAACAAAUCCCACACUCUGCAAAGUAAUAACUGCUAAACUUACAUGAAGCAGAAGAGAGAACCUGAGGAAGCCAUAGUCCUUGUUGCCGAGGACAUCAAGUAACUAGACAGAUAUAGAAGAUGACAUGAUUAACACUACAAUUACAAUAACAACACUACAGUAAUGAUACCAUGUUUGUUUGUUUAAUUCCAGCAAUAACUGCUUUCUCUACAUGCAGGAACAAUAAAGCAGCAAUUCAAUCAUUAUUAAUAGGUUAUUGCCUAAUUUCAUUCAGCAUUUAUUUAUGUGUUUGUCAGAUUUUUAUUCCAAUAUUUACUUGCUUAUUAAUUCUUUAAUCCAUCUACUUACUCUCAUUUAUUUCAUUUUAAGCAAUAUUAAUUCAAUUUUUUUUUUAAUUGACAAUUUGAUUUAUUGUUCACCACCACCUUUUUUUAUUUUACUUUUCUCCAUCACGGCACAAGCACUACUGCAUCAGCUAUCAAUCUAUUGCUACACAAUCUCUUCUCUGCGCUUUAAAUAGACAGUGGGGACUUUUAAACACAAGAAGUGGACAAACCGUAAUGACAAAAUGUAAAGACACGAAUGACUGUAAGUGUCAAAACAAAUCUGAGCAUUAUCAUCUUUGCAGAAGCUUUUGUAUAGCAGUAAAUUGUGCAACAAGUGCGAUGAUUUGUAUUAUGUUCAUUUGCCAACUUUCGGUGUGUGUUGACCUUUUAUGGUGCGUUUAGAAGUGGUCGAGAGGCUGUUGGAAGGGACUUGAGUCAUCAUUCUUUGAAAUAAAAAAGCGAGAAUGAAGGCCUUUUUUUAGGUUUAAGGUUUCUUUUUUCUCGAUCUUAUUAUGAAGAAUUUGAUAGAAGCAAAAUGAAAUAGGUGAAUUGCAGUAAAAUGACUGCUGUGAAAGAAUAAAACUGUUCAUGACCAAGUAUUAUUUGUAAGAGUUAACUGUCAUGUGAGUGUGAAAAUAAGUUAAUCAUUAAUGUCGUGUAAAACAAUAAAUCAUUCUUUGAUAAACAGUGACAACACGUACAGAGAGGCUGGUCAGUCGGCAGCGGGGUCGCUGUCAGCAGUCGACUACACAGACUGGACUUCACGCUAUAUACUGUACCCUUUCUAUUGAAAUCAUUGGUGGUGCCCGACAUAUUAGCAUUAUGAUUCACUUUGGCCUAUUUUUGAGGAGGCAGAGACACAGGGGAUUGAGAUUCCCACAGGUCCUCAAUGUAUUUGUGGCAGUGGUUUGUGGUGGGUCAGGGGUAGAUGACCUCCUCAUCCAAUUUGCAGAAUGCCGCAUGUGCUUUACAGACGCUGUGUGAGGCACAAAAAUUGAGCAAAAACCAUUAAAAAUAAAACAAAUUGUAGAAAUACAAAUUAACUUUUGUUCCAGUGUGCAACUAACCAUUAUUUUCUUAGUCGAUUCAUCGAAAGUUUGUUUUGAUGAAUCGAGCAAUCGGUUAGGUCGUAGACCAGGGGUGUCCAAAGUGUGGCCAGGGACUUGUUUAUAAUUGGCCUGUGGCACAAUGUAGAAGUAAAAUAUAACACCAAAAAACAGCAAAAAUUUGAAAAAUAGAGCAAAAAAGGACAAUGUAAAGAAAAAAAUCUGAAGUGUUGAUACUAAUAAUAUAAUACAAGGCUUCGGUGGCUUUAAAUAUCCAUCCGUCUUCUAUGCCGCUUAUCCUCAUUAGGGUCGCGGGUAUGCUGGAGCCUCUCCCAGCUGACUUGGGGCGAGAGGCGGGGUACACACUGGACUGGUCGCCAGCCAAUGGCAGGGCACAUAUAGACAAACAAGCAUUCCCACUCACAUUCAUGUCUAUGGACAAUUUAGAGUCACCAAUUAACCUAACAUGCAUGUUUUUGGAAUGUGGGAGGAAACCGGAGUACCCGGAGAAAACCCCCACACACACGGAGAGAACAUGCAAACUCCACACAGAGAUGCCCAACGGAGAUUCGAACCCAGAUCUUCCCGAUUGUGUGGCCAACAUGCUAACCACUAUGCCACUGUGCAGCCGCCUUUAAAUACAGUAUAUGUAAUUUUUUUUCUUUAGCCGUUUUAUAAAAUAAAUCCAUUCAUCCAUCCAUUUUCUAUAUUGCUUGUCCUCACUAGGGUUGCGGAUAUGCUGGAGCCUAUCCCAUCUGUCUUCGGGCGAGAGGCGGGGUACACCCUGGGCUGGUUGCCAGCCAGUCGCAAGGCACAUAUAGACAAACAGCCAUUCACACUCACAUCCACACACACACACACACACACGAAUCAGGAGGGGAGCUUAUUGUCAGCUGACUGAUGUCUUAGGACGUCUACAAAGUGAUGUUAAUGAGGUGAGUGACAAAUGCGAUCGACCCACACUACCUGCGAUCGACGUAAUGGGCACCCUUGGUGUAGCGUGUUGGGAAAGAGUACCACGGGUUACCCAGCAUGCCUUGCGGCGUGCACAUAGGGGUGUAAUUUUGCGUGUUUGUUCAUGCGCAGGUGUUUAUUUUGAUGUCCGUGUGGUGUAUUUGUUAAAAGUUGCUUUGUGUGUUCCAUAUGUGUUAACUUUCUUCUUAUUGUUGUUGCACCAUGAGCGAGGUGGAUGUUUGUGUUGCUGAUCCCCAGUUCCUUUGUGCAGUAUCAUUGCGUGUUUGCUCAGCUAACAGCUGCAAAUAAAGAGUAUUUCCUUAAGCAAGCCAAAUUUAGCUUUUGGCUCCUUCCUGUGCGCCAAAGUAGCAACACACCUGCAAAUUUGGCAACACCGGUCAGUCCUGCUACGCCGUUUUAUUUUCUGGCAGAGAUGAGGUGUGCCAAGAAGCGGAGUUAGGAUCCAUAGCGCCACUUCCUGUACGGAGUCGUAACAAUGCUACAGGCACAGACAGUCCCAUUAUAAUGUGUUUAUGAGUGAGAGUGAACGGGUACCAUGGGCCCCCACAAUGAAGUGAGUGUAUGGGAAAGACUGGGAUUAGUACAUCAGUUAGAAUAAUGGGAGGUUACGAAGUUUUACUGUACGUGGGUCACGGUUCAGAAGGGAACAUCAUUGUGAUGUAAACGGAAUAGUUCUGUUAAGCGAACAUGGGAAAAGAGCCUGACUGUACUUGUUAAAAGGAGGACUUUUAAAGACCCUGACACCAUGUGAAUUUCAAAUCAAUAUCACUGAGUCCCCCUCCCCACCCCCUCCCUAACCCCCCUCGAGAGCGUAGCUAUCAAACCGCAUACAUCUGCGUCGCUCAGAAACAUUUCUGACUCGAGAUACAUUAAACAUAGCGCUCCUUUUCUAUAAGAAAAAAAACUCUGGAUGAAAAGGACACAUUUGACAGUGUUGAUGAUGUUAAAGUUAAAAAGAUGCGCGCCUCCGCCGCCUUUGAGCUGCAGACCCUCCUGGUGGGUUCAGUCAAGUUAUUCUGGCAUAUUUUAAUGGGGGAACAGCGGCGGCUUCCCAGGCUGCGGAUGAGUCGUCUGAGAGCAAAACGUAACAUCAGAACAGUUAGAGAAAGUUAAGAGCUUGUACAGGUGCAACCACUUUCUUAAAAGCCCAAUGUUCAAUGGCAAGAUUGGCCUAUUUGGACCUAAAUACCAGGAUGUUAUCUAGAACUGCAACAAUUAAUCAAUUAUCCUAAAUCAAAACAGCUAUUUUGGUAUUCAAUGUAUCGUUUUUUUUUUUUUUUUUUUUAAAUGUAAAUAUCCUCUGAUUUCAGCCCCUCACAUAUGAAUAUUUUAAAAAUUCCUUAGUCAUCCAUGAAAGCAAACAUAUUAUUUUUGUGUUUUAAACAAAGCAAGAUAUUCACACACAUCAGCUUUGACUUUGAGAAACAGUGAUCGACAUUUUUGCCUCUUUUCUGAUAUGUUGCGGACCAACCCACUACCUGUGUUUGCUUCAUAUUGAUUUGGUCCAUCUAGGGCCUAACCGAUUACUCGAUGAAUCGAAACAAUAAGCUUCAGAUUAAUCGACCAAGAAAAUAAUAUUAAUAUUGUUUAUAUUAUUAUUGUUUAUAUUAAUAUUGUUAAUAUGAUCAAUUUGACUGGCCAUUUAACAAGAAAACAGCUGCAAAAAUGGAAAAAUUAGCAGUAAUUUGAAGAAUAAAGCCAAAAUAUUCAGAGGAAAAAGUUGUAGUAGGAGAAAAUGUAGUUUUAUAAGAAUAACGUUGUAAUUUUAUGAGGGGACAAAUCAUUUUAGUAGCAUAAAGUUGAAAUAUUAGUCCUAUUAUCAAAAACAGACAAAUAAAGUAAUAAUUACGAGAACACAAUUUACAAGAAGAAAGUUGAAAUAGUUGGGAAAAAAACAGCUGAAAUUUGAUGAGAAUUAAGUCAAAAUAUUAAGAGAAAAAGGUCGCUAUUUUGUGUCUUAAUAUUAUGUGGAAAAUAAUGUCAUUUUAGUAGCAUACAAUUGAAAUAUUAAUGACUUUUUUUUGCAAUAUGAGAAAACAAAAUAGAGUUGUCAUUUUUUGAAAAUUAGGUUGGGGAAAAGUUAUAAUAUUGUGGGAAUAAAGUCAUAAUAUUGCAAUAAGAAAAAAAUACAAAUACAAAAAUACAAUCGCAAUAAUGUGGGGAAAAAGAGGAGAGAGCGAAUUUAAUACUCAUGCUUUUUCACCUAUAUGACAAAGCUGAGAUGCAUUUUUUUUCUUGAAAUAUAUGUAACUUCUUAGCAUUUUCCCAUGUGUUGCUUUACAAAAUAUUAAAGUGGCCCUUGCAUCCUUUCAUUUCUCACUUUGUAGCCUUUGCUGGAAAAAGUUUGGAAACCCCUGCCAUAAAUGCUCUAAUUAUAGGCGUGUCGUAUAUUUACCUGAAGCAAAAUUGGAGUCGGUCAAUAAUUGGAGAGAGGCUGUAAUUUCAGAAAUAUGGAAGCUCAUUACAGUAGAUCCCCAGGGGUUAUAUUUUGGGACCACCAACCAGCAAAUGGCAAAAGACCUUGAGUAAUUGAUACACACAUAAAAAUAAACUCUUCUGCCAACUUGACGUUGAUGUUCUCAUCUGAUUUUGGAUCAACUUUUGCAAUAAAAGUGACUUUUGGAGUUAGGUCCAUUUCGCAAAGUCAGAGAGUGGCAAAACCCCCCCAAAAAAAAGCAGAAGAAAAGGCAAAACAUGCCGAGUUAAACCUUGUCUUUAAGGUCCUAAGAGACGUCAAGCAUUGUUGUGGUUUUAGAGGAAUAUUUUGUUCACAUUCCGAAUUGUACGCUGACUUUAGAGGUUCCGCUGUUUGUGCCAAGCUCAUCGAGACAUGAAAUGUGCACAAAGUCAAGCUGGGCGCAGGCAGAAGGAAAGUGAUUUGAAGUGUUUCCUCAUGUUGUCAUAACAGCACUGUUGUGUGUUUCCUAAUAACACUAAUUGAUGUUGCCAUUUGAAUGAGAGACGCGUCCUAGAAACUCCUCUUCACAGCUGAAGUCACGGAACAGCACAGCUGGCGCUGGAAACACAGGAGGGUCCUCACAUGCACUGCAUGUUUAUCCCACUUUACUACUUGACUUGCAAUAAUUACACCGCAUUCUGCAUGUCCUCCUCCUCCAGCCUGCCCCUUCCCCCAGUGGCUCUUUCGGAGAGAAAAUUAAUAUCCAAGAAACUUGUAAUCUGCUCUUGCGUAACAGGAAUUUGUCUGUGGCUUUAUUGCUCAAUGUUGCAGGACACAUCAUGCGUUUGGUAAAUACUUUGCCGCAGCACAAAAUCAUCGCUAACAUCGGUCCAGUAGGGCAUUUUAUCUGCAAAGAUUAGGAGGAGGGUUCAUACUAUUCCCAUAUCUUGAAACUCUCCUUUGAACCUGUACCGUCAGAGACAAACAUGUAGAGAGUUGCAUCUUGUUGCUGUCCAAUAAGUAUGCAAGAGGACUGGAAUGAUAUUUUAAUGAUAAUCACUAGGGUUGUAACAAUACAAGUAUCUGCAUCGAACCGUUCAAUACACAUGUGUACCGAACCGUGACCCUGUAUCGAACAGUUUCAUAUUCAUUUUUAUCAACUUCUGACGGCGCUCUGUGCUGAAAGCUCAGUGUAUCUGCGAUCAACUACUCUGGCUUAGGUCGCAUUGUCAAGCACAGAGCCACUGAGCUCCGCCUCCCACAUUCAUACCAUGCUGAAAAUGUUGAUAAAUGUGAAAAAUGUAGGCAAUUUCAAUAAAAUUCAAAUUAAUAAAGGCAAGGGAAUUUAUUUUUUGUAUCGAAAAAAUAUUGAACCGUAACACAAACGUAUCGAACCGGACCGUGAAUUUUGUGUAUCGUUGCACCCCUACUAUGUAGCGUUCAUUAUGCAUACACUUCAUGUAUUACGUCCAGUUAGCAUUUGCUAUAAAGCAUUACAGAUACUGUAUACCAGAAAUUAAAAGGAGUAUGCAAAAGACAAUGAAGCCGAAGUCAAGGCAACAUAUUAAAAGCUUUCAGCAAAGGGCACAUUUUCCAAUUCAUUGUGAAAUAGUAGUUUGACAAACGAACUUGGAGAAAGCACGUUUCUAUUGUGGAGUUCAUGACGUGAAACAAUGGGCUUUUUUUUUUUUUACAUAACUUGAUGCUAUGAGUGAACAGAUAACUUUUGUUAUAGAUAUAGGCAUGUGACAGCUCAGUUACUAAAGAUGAAAGUUGCAUUAUCUGUGUGUGGCUGCCGACGUCUGUUCUCCACUUUUUUUCUUUUUUUUUGCCGCCGAAGCACAACAGCGAAUCAGGUGUCAGCUGACUGAUGUCAUAUGACAUCUACUAAGUGACGGUUAUGAUGUAGGUGGCACAGUACUUUUGCGCUUGCCGUAAUGGGCACCCCUGAUAUAGCAUAUAUGCCCAUUCAUACAAUGUAUUACUUAACAUUGUUUUCACGUCAAACCCUCCCCAAAACAAACUCACUUCCAUGGUGUCGUGGUUUUUAUUUUACUGUGGUGCUGCGCCACAAUCCAUUGAAUGUAGUGGAAACCCUGAUGUGUGUGUGUGUGUGUGUGUGUGUGUGUGUUUGUAUGUAUGUGUAUAAGAGUAAACAAACGGCUACUUUCGCAUUACAUUGACAAAUAAAGGCGCCAUUAUGGGCUUCGGAGAAUGCUACUGCUGCUGUUUUGCGGUCUAAAACGGCUACGACGCACCCGCCAACGGUGGCAAUUUGGGUCAAGACCCAAUCAGACCUCUAGCUGGUGGGACAACUUUGACAAGCAUACACACCGACAUAAUUCAAUGUGUAUACUGUAUAUACAAGAGUAUCACGACUUGUUUGACACCAGCAACAUCCCCAAAAUUAAAACCCAACAAAUAAUCCCACUCAUUCCCACAAAGAAGCUUGCAUGCUUCCUGUCCAUUUUGAGAUUUUACAAAAAAAAAAAAAAUCACUCUGCUCUCUCAAUUGGUACCAAAAUAGAGGCAAUAAUUAAACCACGUCUAUUUAAGGUGUUUGUGUGCUGUCAUUAUUUUGUCACAAAUGUGCUGAGCCAGCUAUCAGGUUGAGUGCUGCCCAUAUUUUUGUCUGGAGCUAAACAGAACGUGCCGUCAACCAGGCUUCAGAUGGCCCACAUAUCCAAGCAGGGCGAAUGUCAACCAUCACAGAGACACUUUGUCCAUUUAAUGUUAGCUCUGGAAGUCUGCGUUUGUAGCGCUACCACUUGUGCAUACACAGUUAGAUUGCAGGGAGAGAAUUCCAGUAAUGUGAUCUUGGCGAGCUUCCCCCCAGUUAAUAACAUCUGCAGUAUGUGUUUGGUCUUGUUCAACGUGCAAGGGCCAGAGCUCAUACAGGAAUAUACUACGAUGGAGAUACUUUCUACAGAGCAGGGAAUUUAUUUAUUUAUUUAGAUCACGUUUAUUAUGACAUUUUUGGAGAGCUGCCCAAAUCGCAAAUUUCUCUUUAGAUUAAUAUAGUAUUAAUUAUUAACUAUUAAAGUAACUAUCUUAUACUUAUAUCACAAAGCUGCAAUGCAGUUCUUUUUCUUGAAAUAUAUAUAACUUCUUUGCAUAUCUACAUGUAUAUGUGUUGCGUUACAAGUUGCACCCUUUCAUUUUUCACGAUGUGGCCCUCGCUGGAAAAAAUUUGGACACCUCUGGUUUACAUGUAUGACCUUGGAGACUUUGAUGGUUACUUAGUUGUACAAAUGUACAUAUAUGUGCUAAUGUGAAGUUUUCGACGUAUGUCAACGUAUGAUUCAUAUGUCCCGCAUCCACGGGCAAUAAGUUAUGCGUUCGUUGACACCCGUUCACACACGUUAUUUGUAAAUUACGUACAAGUCGUAAUACGUCAACAUACCUUGAGACAGAACUGUCUUCUUGGCGAGGGGAGAGGAGAUGGAGGCUGUCGUGUUUGCAUUUGCAGGUAAGUUUGCAGCUUAACCAGUAGAGGGCACUGUGAUACUGGGAAUGGAACCAACUUUUUUUUUUAUUUUCUGUCAACUUUAUUAAAGCCUUAGCGAGUCACAAAUCCAUGAGUCGUAGCGUGUGCAGCCGACACCAGGGGUCUCAGACUCGCGGCCCCCGGGACGAUAGUUUGCGGCCCACUUCUUAAUAUGAAAGAUUAAUAUUCGUGUGGCCCGCAGGUUUGAUAUGAAUGACACUUGUCGUGUGCGGAGCUGAACGAACCAAUCACGGUGAGGUAUAUGGGUCUCGAGGGCGGGACCUCGGCUGAACGAACCAAUCACGGUGAACCAACCACUCAGCUGGGCAGAGGAGAAGCCGUGAAGCUGCUGACUCCGCUCUGUCUCCGAGGAAAUGAAUGAAUGAGCGAGCCAAUGAGUCAAGGUGGCCCUCGAGACUCAUAUAGACUCGUAUGAAUCAUACGUGGACAUAUGUGGAAAAUGCAUACACAAAAUUUUUGGACGACUUAGACGUACUACGACGUACGCCAGUGUAUUGGCCAAAUUUUUCAUACGUUGGCAUAAGAUGGCUAAAUCGUGAAGGUGUGACAGGCGUUGUGCGUUGGGCAUAAAUUGCGAACACCGGCAACACGCUACGCAUUCGUUGAUAUAAGUUGUCUACAAGUUAGAGAAACGUUCUAUAUACGUUACUAAUACGUCAUGUUUACGUCGAACUCGUUAUGAAUACGCUAUGUAUACGCCCAAAAUUGAAAAAAAAAACAUCGGCAGUUCAACGUAUGCCAUCAAAAUGAUCACGUCAGGCAUGCAUUGCCUAAAUCGUCAAGGUGUGACAGGGCCCUUACCGCAGCGGAAGCACACAGUCAAGAUAUCUUUUUCGUGACUGACUGAAUUAGCUGACCCCUUCAGAUACAGAUAUGUUAAAAUGAGGAAAAAAACAUGUUUAUUUGGCACCAUCACUUUAACACUUAGUGCAGCAUUUCUGUAAACAAAUGUCUUUUUAAGACACUUAUUGCAAUAUUCCUGUAAGCAAAUGAGUGUCUUUCUAACACACUCACUAUUGUAGUGCAGCAUUUCAGUAACAAACCUACAGCUUAUUUUAUCAACAGUGACAUCAUUUUUGUGUAACACUGCUGUGAAGUGAAAAUUUACUGCAAGGCACCUACCUGCACAUUUUGAGGAAACCAACAAAAUUUGAUAAACAAGCUUUUGGUGAAAUGUUUUCGACUUGAUAUUCCGGAGCGUGGCUCCAAAGUGCGCAUCAAAAAGCGAAACCCAUCAUUCUCGACAACACUGUAUGGCCGCAGAUCCUUGCAAAUAUACACAGAUAUGCCGUGAGUGAUCGACUUUGACCUGGGGGAGUUGAAAGGGAGUUUUGCUUGAAGUAGAGCCCCCACGGUGGUCUGGCAAUGGCUUUUUGGCUUACUAGCUCUGGGUGAUGGCGCUGCAAGUGGCUGCGCAUAUUCGUUGUUUCCAGUAUACGUAACUUUUGUGAAACAGUUGUUGCAUGUAGCAAAGUCCUUCUCCAGCUUUGUUCCACCAUCAGUACUGUCAAACCCCAAAUGCAUCCACACUUUUGACUUGUAGGCUGCCGGUGCAUCUUUCAACCGUUUUCCGCUCGUGUCCGCCAUGUUCUCUCUUUUUGUGUGUUUACUUCGCUUGCCGACUUCCGCUGCUCCCGCGAGGCGGCCCCCUAGCGGACCGCCAAGGAAUUGCGCAAAAGGAACUAAUUAAGAGUGAGGCAGUUUAUAGCGAACGUAUGUAAAUCAAAAUUAUCGAUACUUGGCGGGCGCAUAUCUCUAAUCGAUCGGGAGAUAAAAUAUCGCAAUAUAUCGGCAUAUCGAGAUAUUGUCACACUCCUAUUCAUGAACUAGCGGUGAGUCGGUACUCGCACAUUUGCUCUGCUUUACAUAUUCCUCUGCUUCGGUGUUAAAAAAAAUCACCGAGCUCGUCGUGUGAGCCGCAGCAAGGAGGCUGAAGAGCCACCAGAGUGGGGGAAAUGUGCCUUUUUUGGGGGAAAAUAUCAGUGUUUGUGUGGACAUAGCCUGAAUCUAGCCCCGCAGUGUGUUGUUUUUCGGAGAACACUAUGAUUUUUGUUUCUUCAGUGUUUCUAAUGCAAAUGUAUCCCAGUUAUCAGGGUGUACUAUUCUCCUAAGCUGCUGUUAAUAUCACCCUCAUCACUGCUGACCCGCGGCACUCCUGGGGAGUAAUCAGACUUUAAUUAUACCUUUUUAAUCACUGGAGUGUAAUCCGUGUGUGUGUGUGUGUCUGGUACACGGCAGCCUCAGCCUGUCAGAGUUAAAGGACCAUCCUUUUAUAUUUAUGUUCAUAACCUGACCCCGCUAGUUUGAUUGAACAUCGGCCAUCUUAGCUAAGGCUCAACUCCUUCUACCCCAGUGGUCAUCAUUAUCAAUAUUGUUAAUAUUAUUAUCAUUAUUAUUCUUAUUUUUAUUAUUACAAGUUGAAACGUAUGCGCCGCAGAAGUGGCUCUGUGGAAGAAAGCUGACGUUCCCAGCAAAAGCAAACCAAACUGAUAUUGCCCCCAAUGCUGACUUCAUACUUUCUCCAUAUUUGGAAAUGUUUACCUCCUCAUGAUGCUCGACAGUGGUUGGGAGAAGGGAUAUGAGUCAUUUCUCGCUGCACAAAGAUUUCAACUUGACCAAGUGACUUCCAUUAAAGUUUCCUGUGCUUUGCUCAUCCGAAGAGGAACCGGGCCGUGUUGUAUUGAACCUGCCAUCGCCUUGUGGUAAAAGUUUAGAGCCAUGUGGAACCAAGGGAACAGCGGCGAGCAGACAGGACAGGUGGCCGCCAGGAUGGAGACGACGCCGCCGUUGGGAAGUGCCAGCAUCUCCAUCUCCCAGCAGCAGGCGCCCAAGAAGUUUGCUCCCGUGGUAGCGCCCAAGCCCAAGUUCAACCCAUACAAACACAUGGGAGAACCUUCCCUCUUGGACCCUACAGCGGACUACCCUCCCCCUCCGCCGCCUGCGGAAGAGACGAGCCGCCUCCCGUCAUCAUCCGCCGCUUCCUUCCCUCCUCCCCCGCCCGCCAACUCAUACGAUUACCAGAUGAGAGGACCUGAGAAGACACUGGAGGAGCGACGCUCCAGCCUGGACGCGGAGAUCGACUCCCUCACCAGCAUCCUGGCCGACCUGGAGAGCAGCUCGCCCUACAAACCACGGACCACCCAGCCCAGUGGAUCUUCCACGCUGUCCACCCCUAGCGCUCCAGUGACCGGCUACAAGCGCAUGGUCAUCCCCACUCAGCCACCUCUGACCGCCACAAAGAAGUCAACGCCCAAACCUCAGGCCCUCGGAGGAGGCGGCUCGUCCACACUGCCAGCCAAGCUUCAAAGCCACGCGGCGCCUCAGCCGGUCGCCGCUUCCUACGCCACCGCCUCCACGCCCAGCCAGCCCACCUUCAAUGUCCAGGUGAGGUCGGCCCAACCCAGUCCCCAGCAUCAGGCGCCUGGCGGGCAGCACUUUGGCCCGCAGCAUCCAGUCCGCAGCCCCGCCCAGGUGCAGUACAUGCCGGCCCAGCCCAAAGGACCGGACUUCGCCUACGGACCGCCGCAGCCCGGCUUCUCCCCGAUGACUCAGGGUGGCUAUCAGGAGCAGCAGUACCCAUCAGGCCACCAAACGGGUGUCCAGGGUUUCAGGAGAACCGAACCGGCCCAACCAUACCAACCACCAGGACCUAAAAAGACCUACAUCACCGAUGUGCCACAGAGCCUGACCCCCUAUACUUCUGGACCAACUAUUCCACCAAAGAGCGCCGCCCCGGUGGCCCACCCCGAGGAUGAGCUGGAGCGCCUGACCAAAAAGAUGCUCUUUGACAUGGACAACCCUCCGUCAGAGGAAUACUUUGGGCGCUGCGCCAGCUGUGGGGAGAACGUGGUGGGCGAGGGCACCGGCUGCACGGCCAUGGACCAGGUGUUCCACGUGGACUGCUUCGUGUGCAUGACUUGCAGCAGCAAGCUGCGCGGCCGGCCCUUCUACGCCGUGGAGAAGAAGGCCUACUGCGAGCCGUGCUACGUCAACACCCUGGAGACGUGCACCAUCUGCAGCAAGCCCAUCAUGGAGCGCAUCCUGCGGGCCACGGGCAAGGCCUACCACCCUCACUGCUUCACCUGCGUGGUCUGCCACCGCAGCCUGGAUGGCGUCCCCUUCACCGUGGACGCCUCCAACCACAUCCACUGCAUCGAGGACUUCCACAAGAAGUUUGCCCCCCGCUGCUGCGUGUGCUCAGAGCCCAUCAUGCCGGCACCGGGCCAGGAGGAGACUGUCCGCAUCGUGGCGCUGGACCGGGACUUCCACGUGCAGUGUUACCGCUGUGAGGAUUGCGGUUCUCUGCUGUCGGAGGGCGACAACCAGGGCUGCUACCCUCUGGAUGGACACGUCCUCUGCAAGAACUGUAACACGGGACGCAUCCAGGCGCUUACCGCCAAGGCCACCACUGACCUCUGAACGACCCCGCCCACCACUGUGACCGACCGAUGCCCGCACGCUCUUUCCGCUGUCCCUCCGCUCGCUUGCACGCUAGCUCGCUUUUCAUCUCACUGAUGAACAUUCAUACUGCGUUGCUAUUUUUUUACGCUUAGCGUCGCUUCGUCGCUCGCUUUCAGAACCUGAAAACAAUGUUUUAUUAGCAGCUACAGUAAGUUAUCUUAGCACAUAGCAUCAAUGAGUCAUCUAUUCCCGUCUUUAUGCUAAGCUAGGCUAAUCCGCCAAGCAACUGGCUGCUGAUCUUUUCUCAACAGCAACAAAUUAGCCUCAAAUCACUUUUAACUCGUGGCAAUUCCAACAAUUCAACGAGUCCGCCGAUGUCUCUGAACGUGGUCAAUAUUCACGUUAGCCGUUAGCCUCAUGCUGUAGCGUUAGAGCCUCUUCGCUGGUUAAUAUUUUGCAACUUCUCUUUGUUCCACUUUAACGCAACUAACGAACCGCUAGGGUCAUGCAGAGGCCGACGCCUACGUACGAGAUAGCUAUGCAAUUUUUUUCAAUCUUAAAUUGCAUUGACACUUUAAAAGACGUUUCACGGCUUAAGGAAAUGGGUUACAUGCACAGCAGCCAGGUGUCCUGACCGCUUAGCGCUGAAGUCGUUGGUACGCGUCGACCUUUUGUGCUCCUUCCUCAGUAUUUUGGGUCGACUUUUAACGUUUCGUGUUGACGGGUGUCAAAGGGACCACGAGAGUCGUUUGGGCUCGCGAAAAUGUUGUCGCUAGGUUAGCCGCGUCUUUUUAAUGUUGAUGUGAAAGCAAAAUAGCUUCGACGACGCCCGAGGAUUUUGUCACCAGGAUGUCGUCGCAGGCUUGGUUUUUUUUGGUUUGUUUUUUUUUGUCAAUUUGUCACGCUGAAAAAAAUAGAAUCAUAAAAAUGCAGUAUAACUAAGAUUUGCAAAAGAAACUGUGUUUAUUUGAGACGAGGCUGUUAGCUUGUUGAGCUGUCUUUAAAUGAGAUGCCUUUGAUGUACGAUACUAGCAUGAAGUUAUUAUCAGAUAAUAUGAAUUACUCUGCUAAAAGCAUCAAGAAAGUAAUUGUAUUGUAAAAAAAAUCAUUGGAUUAAAUGAGUUUUUGUUCCUUCUUUAAGUGAUAUUGUUACAGUAGCUGCCGGUCUUUGUCCAUUCAAGUGCCUUUGCCGAGCAAACGACCGAAUGUGGUGCUUUCUUUGACCAAAGUAAACAAACAAAAUGGCCGCCUGACGCUGACGCUCUGAAGAGAGAAACAACUGGUUUUGAUUUGUGCUUGUUUACUUCUUUGAAUAAAAACAACGUUGCAACUGCACCACAUCUCACUGGCUUUCUUGUUGACUUGUGUGUCAAAUGCCUGAAGACAGUUUCGCAAAAGGCGCGCAGGCUUAGCUACGCGUCUUAAAAUGAAUGCUAUCCAUCCAUCGCU